AUGCUGUUGCUCAUGAGCCCCAAGCCGGCGGCUCAACCGGUCAGAUAUCAGAGCAACACUCACCGUCCAGACCUCCUCCUCCGUCAAGGCCUGCACCACCUAAGCAUCCUCGAACUGGAGCGGGCGAUGAGCAAGUCGCUACCGCACAUCUCCCUCCACCACGACCUCCUCCUGCUUCUUCACCGUCUGCACCCCCUCCGCGACCUGGUCCACCUUCGCCCAAACCUCCGACACCGAGAAAGGUUGAACCGGAACCGGAACCGGAAGAAGAUGCAUGGACGGCGUUCAAGAAACUCACAGAGAAGGUGA